UACUAUUAAUGUCAAUAGAUCACGUGUGGUGUGUUUGUGUUUGCGCACAGGUUUUAAGAGCACAAAGGCGCAUCUCUCAACAAUGCUAUAGGGAAAAUAUCAUACAUAACAUUAUGUUGUUGGUUCCGAGCCUAGUUAAGAGCAGUGUUGGAUGUUUUGAUGCUUCACGUGACAUAUGGGGAGGGGAGCUUGCAUUGAUUUUAAACAGAGCUCGCCAUACUGUAAAAUUGGCCAAUGCCUGUUUGCACCUCUAAUGUAAUGCAAUCCGACCUCAGCGGUCUCUGAUUUGCAUGGAGAUCUGGUUUUCUCUCAGAACAAAGAGCAGUGACGUGCAUAAAUGAAUUGGACACAUUCCCAUUCUGAUUAUAUGGAUUCCCGUGGGAAGCCUUGCGUCUCGUCAAACCCCUGAGGGAGAGUUUCUACCUUUGGAUCAGCGGGAAUUGGAUGUGGGAUUUGGAACGGGUGCUGACCAACUUUUUCUUGUCUCCCCCCUCACAAUAUGUCAUGAGAUCAAUUCCAAUAGCCCUUUUUUCGACCUGUCUCAGCGCUCCCUCAUGAAUGAGCAGUUUGAGAUUGUCGUCAUCCUAGAAGGCAUUGUAGAAACUACAGGCAUGACAUGCCAGGCACGAACUUCUUACACAGAGGACGAAGUUCUGUGGGGUCACCGCUUCCUCCCCGUCAUGUCACUGGAGGAGGGAUUCUUCAGGGUGGAUUACUCUGAGUUUCACAACACUUUUGAGGUGCCCACUCCUCCAUACAGUGUGAAGGAGCAGGAUGAAAAAUCCUCCCUGCCCUCCCCCGGUCCUGUUCUAUCACCCACAUUGCUUGAUGGUCAUAAUCGCAGAGAGCGCAUCUUCUCUUUCGAUGGGGUUCAUCACACCGAAGAACCUGGAUCCAAAUUACCCAGCAAGCUCCAGCGUAUGAGCUCUAAGAAUGGAAAAGAGGUCCUUAAAACUGGAAGCACGCAGCCAACAGAAAAGGCCUCCAGCAUGAGUGACCUGCCCCUCAGGGUGCAGCGACUCGGAUCCCUGGUGGGUCAAGGGGAAGCGGAAAAUCAGCUCCAGCUCAAACCUCUUAAGCUGGGUUCAGAGGCCCACACCCAGUCGGCAGGAGAACUGGAGCAUCACAGACUGGUCCCAGUACCCGCUCCGGUCCCAGGGCCAAGCCUUAAUCCGUUGCCUGCAUCCAGUGGCCGACCGGAGGACAACCUCCCCCCAAAAUUACGCAGAAUGAAUGCAGACCACUGAAUGGGUCUUUAUUUCUCACACAGAGAUGAACAUUGAGGCUUAGGAGGUAGAUAUAAUUCUCAAUAUCAUUUAAUAUUGAAUAAUAUUUAUUUAAAAAUUACUAUAAUGUGAUUCUUCUUCUCUAUGCUUACGGAAGAGCCACGUCCCUUCAAUUAAAAUCCCUGCUUUGCCCUCAGUAAUAUGAGUAUUGUAGAUUUCCGAAUUCAGUUUGAAUUCAAAUAAGCUUCAGCUACUUUUAAAUGAUUAAGCACCUUUAUAGUAUGAACACAAAUAUCACAUGCAUUUAUUUAUACAAGUUAUUUAUUAAGUAUUUAUUUAGAGGAACGUUUACUGAUGUACAGGCUUUAAAUGUGUAAGGCUUUUUGUCACAUUUCUGUCAGCAAUAUAUAUAUAUAUACUUUAAAAUUCAUGUUUAUUGCCAUCAAUGUUAUAAGAAAUAUUGGUAUGUGAACUGUUUUCAUCCAUCUAUACCAAAAGUACUGAAAUAACUAUUUCUUUGUCAAAACAUUUUUCUUCAUUUGAGAAUAUUUUCAAAUGUUUCUAAUAUCGUUUUAUUGGAAGACACUGUGCAAAGAUGAAAAUUACUGUGCUUUUGAAUCAACAUUAUUACUAUUUUAAGAAUUUCAUUAUUCAUUUCUAUGAAACAGUACAAUAAAAAAAAUAAAAUAUAAAAACUUGAAAAGCAUUAUUUUG